UAAACAAACACGCGUUUUGUUUUAUUGUCUAUUAUUUUAGCAAAUUCUUUAAAAAAAAUCUUUAAAUCAUGGUCCAAGGAAAGUUUAAAAAGGCUAAAAUACCAGCCAGUAUCCAAAAGAAACAAAAGCAAAAGAAUGCUCCUGCCUUUACCAGACGUUCAAAUGCCCCCAUCCAGGCCAAAAAAGCAAAAUUUAAUGAAAACCAAAAGAUUAAACAUGCUAUUUCCAAGACCCUCAACAAGUCGGUAGAAAAUGAAAUGCGUUCCCGUGCCAUGGCGGGACACAUCAACUUGAGCAAAGCACAACAGGCGGUGGCGAAACAUAAUACAAAUGUUGUAGCACCCUCCACUUCGACAGCUGCUGAGUAGUCUAUUCUUAAACUGGGGAAUAGAUUCUUAGUCAAAGUAAUUUUUUUAGUUUAACUUUCUGUGACAUAUUUUGCAAAUAAAGUUUCUUUUGGUAGUUAAGGCGGAA